GCGCUGGUCGACGGGGGCUUCAGCUGGCAGCUGGCGUUCGCUGGGCAGGCCGCCCUCUUCGCGGCCACGCUUAUCGGCUGCUGGCUGUACGGCGGCCGGGAGUAUCUUGACGUCUCGAGUAGGACCGACGUCUGCGAGGUCGACGCCGACUCCGCCAACGGGGCCGAGGAGUCCCCCGAGGACACGAGCGAGGCUGGCGUCGCCGCGGAAGGUAUCAGAGAGCAGGCGGAGGUCGAGUACCCUGCCACCGAGAAGUGGGCCGUGUAUUGGGCGACCAACGUUUCACUGGCAGCACAGCUAG